CGCACGUGGCGGUGUUGACGGAUGGAGGCUGAUGGCGGCUGCGGUGGCGGCGGGGGUCGGCGGCGUAGUCCCGGCCCGGCGCUGGCGCUCCGUGGGGCGCUGAUGGCCGCCAGCGGUGGCGGGAAGCUCCUGGCGGCGCCGUACAGGGAGCCCGGUGAUGAUGGUCUCUUCGUGUUUGAUUGUGUCAAUGCAAAGAAGCCCACCUUAGGAAAUGAAGGGCAGGAUGGAAAACAGACAGAUAAAGGAAGUGAUGACAUCCUAGCUUUUGCCUUCUCUCCAUCAGGAGAUUAUUUUGCCUUAACAGAUGACAACAAACGUCUGAUUCUGUUCUGUACGAAGCCUUCUUGGGAGUGUGUUAGCAUCAGGUGUGUGACCAGGAGAUGCACUUCCCUGGUUAUUACAGCUGCAGAGGAUAAGAUUCUGGUUGCGGACAAGUCUGGUGAUGUCUAUUCUUACUCAAUAACAGAACCCCAAGCAGAUGGAAAACUUGAGCUGGGUCACUUGUCUCUGCUACUGGAUGUUGCGCUGAGUCCUGAUGACCGAUACAUCUUAACUGCAGACAGAGAUGAGAAGAUCAGAAUCAGCUUGGCAAAGGCUCCUUAUUAUAUUGUAUCAUUCUGUCUGGGGCACAAAGAGUUUGUAAGCAAAAUAUUUGUAAUACCCAACUAUCCUGAUCUGCUGUUGUCAGCUUCUGGGGAUUCAACUCUGAGACUCUGGGAGUACAAAAGUGGUGAAGAAGUGUAUUGCUGUCAUCUAAGUAGCAUCUGUGGGACUGAGGCAGCCAAAACUGACCAGAAAUACACUGUGUCAAGAAUAACCUACUGCUCUCAAGGUGGUUUUGUUGCCAUUCUAUUUGACUGUAUUCCCACAGUCUACGUCUUUCAGCUUGAUGCCGUUGCCAAGCAGCUAGUUUACAAGCAGCAAAUCUCUUUGAAGCAUAAAGGUUGGGACAUUGCGUUUGAGGAAACAGGAGAGCUAUGGAUGUUGCAGGAAGACAGUGAAGCUCCUCUACAAUUGUACAGACCAUGUGAUGGACAGUGGAAGGCUGUAACUGAUGACAAGGGAUUACAGAAGAUGACAAAAUAUCUUAAAGACAACUGGGCAGUGUUUGAAGGUUUUAUUGGUGCAGAGAGCUACUACAGCAAUCUCUACAAGGCUUCAUUUGAGGAUGUGGACACUUACCUACAAAAGAAAGAGGAAAAGUUACAGCAGAAGAAAAAGAAAAGGCAGGAUUUGCAGCAUGAUGCAAAUGGACAAACAAAAAAGAUGAAGACUGAAGAAUCAUCACUGUGAUACUCUGUUGGCUUACAACUUUUGCCAUGCUGAAAGGAACUGAUCCGAUUGCGGACUGUUUUUAAAUGUAAGAUGAAUUAUGGAAGAAGACUGCUUUAACCUUUUACUCGGAUUUGGGUUUUCAGUUAGUGUGAUAGGCCAAUAUCCUGCUUGCAGCAGAUAAUGCAUUUAAGAUAUGCCUAAGCUUCUAGCAGCAUGCAGGUGUUAGCGCUUCAGUUCUAGGAAUCUCUAAUGCAUGAUAUAUAAAUCCUUGAGAUAGUAUUUUCCUUGAAACGGGAUUUUCUUUUUGCCUACUGUGUUUAGGCUUUCUUCUUCAGGGUGGAAUUAUGGCGAUUAAAGUUGAUGUGAUUUUUUAUUUUUUGUUUGCUUUUUCUUUUAAGCUAUUUAAAAGGCCUGUUAGUUAAUGUAACUAACUUGGUGUACUUGGCUAUGGGAAAGGGAAUGUAGGGAAAAUUCUUGCUGUAUAAGAAAGGUUUUAGCUGAGACAUCAUCAUCUCUGUUUUUACCCUUUACCUUCCUUUUAUAUGAUAGGGAUUCUGUCUAGCUUCUAUUUAAUCGCUUUUCACUUAUGGCAUAUUUCUAUAGGAGGAAGUGUGAAAAUAGAUUUUUAUAUCCCAGAAAGUAAAA